ACUAGUGGACAAGUUGAAGUGUCCAAUAGAGAAAUCAAGUCCCUAUUGGUGAGGACUGUGAAUGCUAAUCGGGCUAAUUUGGAAAUAAGUUUAGAUGAUGCUUUAUGGGCUUGUCGUAUAGCUUACAAAACUCCAAUAGGUGCUUCACCCUAUCAGCUUGUGUAUGGAAAAGCUUUCUAUUUAUCAAUUAAGCUUGAUCAUAAGGCACUAUGGGCAUUGAAGAAGGUGAAUUUAGAGUGGAAGGAUGCAGCUAAGUCAAGGUUGAAUAGUAUCACAUAUGAAAUUUCAGCAAUUCACAAAGAUAAGAUGAAGUUGUAUCAUGACCGAAAGAUUGAGAAGUGGGUACUUGAGAAAGGUAACCAAGUGCUACUAUAUAACUCCAAGCUGUACUUGUUUCCUGGAAAGCUGACGUCUAGAUGUAAUGGCCCAUUCAUAUUUUCAAAAGUCUAUUCCUAUGGUGCCAUUGAACUACAGAAAAAUGGUUCAACACUAUUCAAG